GUUAUCUUUUUUUUCCUUCAUGAUCACCCGAUGGCUUCAUUCGAAUGUACGGAAAGGCACCUUCCCUUCUUUCGUUCGAAGGAACGCUCGUGGGAACCAAGUAAAGCCAGACGCUGAUUGCGAUAUUUCUUCUUCUCAUACUGUAUUGGCUGGCCUCGCGCCUUCGCCAAAAGCGGCCUUUACCGCCUGGCCCCCCUGGACUACCGCUGGUAGGAAAUAUCUUCGAUGUACCGAAGGAGUAUGAAUGGACUCACUGGGGAGCAUAUCUGGAUGUCUACGGCCCAAUCAGCUCCCUUAAGGUUAUGGGAAAGCCCAUCAUUAUCCUCAACUCUUUGGAAGCUUCUAUCGACCUGUUGGAGAAACGUUCAAACAAAUACUCCAAUCGCCCAGAACUCACGUUUGCGGGAGAAAUGAUCGGCUGGAAAAGACAUAUGAUUAUGAGUCCAUACGGAAAUCGUUUUCGCUUACUACGCAAGAUGGUUCUCCAAUGCGGUGGAACAAAAUCCGCGGUUCAACGUUUUCAAGAUGCUCAACGGGAUGAAAGCUUACGGUUCGUCCUGGCAAUAGCAGAAGAUCCCGAACAGUUAUUGCGACAUCUGAGGCGUUCAAUAGGGGCAAUUUACCUAUUGAUGUCGCAUGGGUAUCACGUCGAGCGGGACAGACCUGACCCACUUGUGGGGCUUGUAGAAAAAGCAGCUCAAGACUUCUACGUUUCAACGCGUCCAGGUACCUGGAUAGUCGACGUCCUUCCAUUCCUGCGACAUAUUCCAGAUCUACAGGCGUUCCGAUUGCCAUUCCAGGCUGCGGCAGCGAAGUUCAAAGAGACAUUCGAUCGUCAACUCGAUGUUCCUCAUCAGUUCGUUGUUGAACAGAUGCGUACAGGAAAGGCGAUACCUUCCUUCAGCGCCUACCUAUUGGAAACCGUGGAAAAAGAUGAAGAAAGACAGCUCAUCAAAUACGUAUCGAGCACACUUUACGGAGGCGGCCUCGAUACCGUCGUCUCCUCGUUGGGUGCCUUUUACCUUGCAAUGGUGAUGUACCCGGAGGUGCAACGAAAGGUUCAAGAAGAGCUUGACCGUGUCAUCGGGAACUCGCGACUACCCGAUUUUAGCGACCGCGACAACCUUCCUUACCUUGCCGCAGUUCAGAAAGAGGUCAUGCGGUGGCAUCCAGUGGGACCAAUGGGGAUCCCACACAUGUCGACCGCUGAAGAUGAGUACCAUGGCUAUUACAUUCCAAAAGGAGCCACAGUCCUGAGUAACCUUUGGAAGAUAUCGCGCGACCCGUCUUUAUAUCGGGACCCCAACGUCUUUAUCCCCGAGCGAUACCUCGGUCUAAAUCCCGAACAGGAUCCAUCAAGCUUUGUUUUCGGCUUUGGUCGCAGAAUCUGCCCGGGGCAGGAACUUGCGCAUGCAACAAUCUACAUCUGCAUAGCAAUGUCUAUGGCGGUAUUGGAUUUUACGCGGUGUAAAGACGAAAAUGGAACGGAUAUCGUACCGAAUGGUGAAUUUCUCUCUGGUACUGUUAGCCAUCCUAAACCCUUUAAGUGCGGUAUUGGAAUUCGAUCUGAUGAUAGGUACCGCAUAGCCCAUGAUUCCAUCGACAGCCUGAUACGCAUUGACGGUGAUGGUGACAAACUGAACUUGUGAUCCGCACUGUAGCCCAGAUAACAUGCAGCAACCGCCACAGAAUCAAUUAGUCACGGCGAAGGUUCAAUUGACUCAUCGCCGGAUCUCGGUAGUGACAUACAGCUAUGGAUGAAAUAUUAAACCGCAUUGUGAAAAUGUUACCAUGCUCACCCCACCAACAGAAAUGUCAGAUGUGCUAAACUUACGGCAGAUGAAUUGCUCACUACUGAGCCGUGACGGACUCGAACUUCAUGGCGCCACCCCCCAGGAACUUCCGAUUUCUGGCACUUGCUCCUUCUCACCUGCCUUCCCGGAUGGUGGGCAUCAGCCUGUUUCACGUUCUGGUGAUCCAUGUCAAUCAAGUUCCUGUCCUCAAACCCUCCAUUGUCAGAUCGCCGAGUUCUUCUAAGUUUAGUGGUUACUGAAUGCACGGGCGGGGAGCAGGGUAGCUUAUAAAGCUGCUAACUUGAAACUUGUCAGAAUUUAAAUCUAGGCAGCGGCUCCCGAAUAUUCGACAAUGUCUGCACCACCACCUAUCCCAAAUCUUGAGCCAAU